AUGUCAACUGUUACAAGUUCAGGAGCCGCUGAUACGGGCCCUAGUGCAGUACUACAUCGAGAUUUGAAGCAGGAACCUUUUCGAAUCGUAUCUUCUUCAGGAUUUUAUAUCCAAUUCGAUGACGGUCGCAAAAUUCUCGAUGCUACUGGAGGAGCAGCUGUAUCGUGUAUUGGACAUGGCGAUCAGCGUGUCAUAGAUGCCAUUACAGCCCAGGCCAAGACGCUCGAUUACUGCCAUUCCAUGUUCUAUUCGUGCCCAAGCGCUGAAGAUCUUUGUCAACAGUUAAUUAGAAGCACUAAUGGCCAGAUGGCAAAGGCUUUCAUUGUUUGUUCUGGCUCAGAAGCGAUGGAAGCAGCCAUGAAACUAUGCCGGCAAUAUUUCUUAGAGUUACCAACCCCAGAGCCUAACAGGACUCAUUUCAUAGCUCGCAGAGAGUCUUAUCACGGGACAACUCUGGGUGCUUUAUCCGUGGGCUGCCACGUCGGUCGAAGAGCGGUAUAUGAACCAAUCUUGAUGCAAAACAUCUCACACGUUUCUCCAUGCAACGCCUAUAGAAACAAGUUGGACGACGAAAGUACAGCAGAAUAUGUGUCAAGACUCGCAAAAGAACUGGAUGACGAAUUCCAGCGCGUGGGGCCUCAGAUUGUUUGUGCCUUUAUCGCAGAGCCGGUUGUUGGUGCGGCUCUUGGAUGUGUUCCAGCGGUCGAAGGAUAUUUUAAAGCCAUGAAAUCCGUAUGCGACAAGUACGGGGCACUUUUGGUGCUUGAUGAGGUUAUGUGUGGGAUCGGCCGAACAGGCACGAUGCAUGCCUGGGAGUUCGAGGGAGUAGUCCCCGAUAUUCAGACCAUAGGCAAGGGCCUUGGAGGCGGAUAUGCACCUAUUGCAGGCUUGCUUGCUGGUCAUCGUGUUAUCAAGACUUUGGAAAAUGGAUCUGGACGAUUUUCUCAUGGACAAACCUACCAGGCGCAUCCUAUUUCAUGCGCAGCAGCAGCAGAAGUACAGCGCAUUAUACAAAAAGAAGAUCUUGUGCAUAAUGCAUCCUUCAUGGGCAAGUAUUUGGGAAGCCUACUUAAAGAGAAGCUUGGCCACCACCGUUAUGUUGGUGAUAUUCGCGGCCGUGGGCUCUUUUGGGGUAUUGAGUUUGUCAAAGAUAAAAGCUCCAAAGCUCCUUUCGAUCCCAAGCUCGACAUUGGCAUGCUAGUUCAUCAAAAGGGUCUGGGCUUAAGUGGGAACAGCGGCAUAUUGUUGUACCCAGGAAACGGAACAGUCGAUGGCAAAGUUGGUGAUCACAUUUUGAUUGCACCGCCAUAUAAUGUCACAAUGGUAGAUAUAGACCUGAUCGUUGAUCUUACGGUCAUGGCGAUUGAGGCAGCAUUUGAAGAUGUGGCAGACCGAUUAGCAUGA